AUGGAUCUAAGCAUAAGCACAGAGGUCCCCCAGGGGCCCCAGGGGGCCCCUGGGGGCACCUCGGAGGAAAAGACCUUCUUCGGGCUCCCGACAGAUCUUAGGCCUGAUGGCCGCCUCAGUGCCACAGCUCUGAGACCCUUCAAGGUAGAACUGGGGCCCUUGAGGGGGCCCCACGGCAGUGCCAGAUGCACGCACGGCCUUACUGUUGCACUGGCUACGGUAGUGGGGCCCCUGGACGCAAGAGGGGCCCCCCACACUCAUGCGGGGAUCUCAGUCUCUGUGAAGCCUCUGAGCCAGCCCCCUACGGGGCCCCGCAUGGCUGCUGCUGCCGCUGCUGCGCGGGCUGCAGCAGCGGUGGGAGAGAGCCCGAAUUCGCAGCGGGAAGCAGCAGCGGCCGCUUACGCCAAAGGGGACACAGGGGGCCCCCAGGGGCCCUCGGCAAUGGUAAGGAAGGCCUUGGACUGGAGUAGAUGUAUGGAAUUCCGCCUGCAGCAGCUUCUGCAGGAUGCCAUCUGCACAAGCCAGUUUCCCCGAUGCGUCAUACAGGUCGUCGUGCUGCUGCAGCAGGACGAUGGGGGCAGAGAGGCUUGUUGUUGCAACGCCACCUUCGCUGCAGUAAUACACGCAGGGCUUCCCCUCCGCUGGCGUUGCUGGGCUUUGUCAUAUGCGUCCCCUUCUUGUUUCUCUGAGGGAGGCCCAAAGGCCGCAGAAGGAGACGUAUAUCUUGAUCCGACACGAGAAGAAGAAGCUGUAGCAGCAAAGGUGGAAUGCGUUGCAACGGACCCAACCACCGGGUACUUGGUUGGGGCCUUUUCAUGUAUGCGGCUGGAAGGGUCAGACCAGAGCCUUGGGGGCGUGCCCGAGGCUCUAGACGCUACAGGCGUUCAAGGGGCCCCCCACGCGGCUUUGGGUGGCCUUGCAGUUGCUGCAGCAAGGGCAAUCGACGAGAGAGUACGGCUUGGGAUGCAGCAGCACCUGCAGCUGCUCACUGUAGCAUGGCCCACUCUAUCAGACAGUUGA